AUGGCGACUUCGCAGCACCUGGCCGACCUGAGCCGCAAGAUCUUCCAGCGCCUACCGCAGCGCCACACGCCGUCCGGCAACAAGGUCAUCAGCAAGCAGCUCAGGGGCGACAAGGUGGCGUCCUGGUUCAACAAGCCUCUGUUGCUGCGUCUCGGCGGGGACGACCCCAACUAUGAGAUUUUGCGAGACGAGCGACUUGCCAAACUCGACCAGAUGAAGCGACGGGGCAAGUCGAUUCCCAAGAAAGGCGCAGGCAAGCGGUCGAAGAAGUAG